AUGGAGUCUGAAGUGCCGAUGCCAAUUGCCAUCGUUGGCAUGUCAUGCCGUCUGCCUGGCGAUGUAUCUUCGCCGGGCGACUUCUGGAAGCUGUUAACCAAGGGCCGCAGCGCAUGGUCCAAGAUACCCAGAGAGCGGUUCAACCAGGAGGCUUAUAAUCAUCCUAAUCCAGAGAAAAAGGGCACAAUAAACUCACAAGGAGGGUACUUCUUAUCUCAAAAUCUCGAGAUGUUUGAUCCGGGCUUUUUUGACAUAACACGCAAAGAAGCUGAGACCAUGGAUCCCACACAACGGCUUCUUCUUGAAUGCUCAUACGAGGCUCUCGAGAAUGCCGGCAUUCCUAAGGAGUCUAUCUCAGGACGGAAAGUUGGCGUGUUCAUUGGUGGUCCCGAUAAUGAACACAGGAUGGGCAACCUAAGGGAUCUAGACGACUCGCCCAUGUUUGAUCCCACUGGAAGCCAGGGCGCAUUCUUAGCUGGGCGAAUAUCCUACUUUCUCAAUUUAUGCGGACCCACAUUCACUGUCGACACAGCAUGUUCAUCCAGUAUACAUGCGUUACACAUGGCCGUUCAGAGUAUACGGUCGGGGGAGUCAGAACAGGCUAUUGUUGGUGCUUCUCAUCUAAUCACACAACCAGAUGUAUGGGUAUCCAUGGCAAAAUUAAGGCUAUUUGCGGAUUCAGGCAAAACCUAUGCGUUCGACCAUCGCGCAAAGUCCGGGUAUGCCAGAGGCGAAGGGGUAGGAUGUAUUAUCCUCAAACCACUACAAAAAGCACUUGAGGAUAGAGAUUACGUCAGAGCCGUUAUUUCGCAUACCGGGAUUAGUCACAACGGCCGAACAGUUGGUAUCGUGGCGCCUAGUUCAGACGAGCAAGAAUCAUUAUUACGGAAUGUUCUUUCACAGGCCAAAAUCGACGCACAAAAUGUCGGCUUCUUUGAGGCUCAUGGAACCGGCACUAAAGUCGGUGAUCCUAUAGAGGCUCGAGGUAUCUAUAGAGCGCUUGGCCAAAGUCUAACAGAGGGCGAGCCAUUAAGUAUUGGGUCAGUAAAAUCAAAUAUUGGUCACCUGGAAAAUGCCAGUGGUAUAAUCUCCGUUAUGAAGGCCGCACUCAUGUUAGAAAAGGGGUUCAUCGUACCAAAUGCCGACUUUGAGAAGGAGAACCCAGCCAUUCCAUUAUCCGAAUGGAACUUGAAGAUACCACAAAGACAGCAACCAUUUCCGCGGAAUAAGGAAUACAUAUGUGUGAAUAACUUUGGAUAUAGCGGUUCGAAUGGACAUGCAGUACUUAAGGCCUUGCCGGCGGAGAACGAGCUUGAAUUUCUGGACGCCGACAAAUUCGAAGGUCACAUCAAAACGAAACGGUUGUUCGUAUUGAGUGCUAACGAUGAGACGGCCGCGAGAAAUAGUAUGGAACAAUUGGGCAUUUUCCUCGAACAACACGCUGAGCUCUAUCAGAGCACUAUGCCCCGGAAUCUAGCGUACACAUUAUGUCAACGGCGUUCGCAAUUAUCGUGGCGUAUAGCUUUGGUGGCGGAUAUGUGCAGCAAAUUGGCGAUAUCUCUCAACAGCCCCGAUGUAGUACCCAAACGUGCGCCGGCUAAACCUCCUAAACUUGCUUUCAUUUUCACGGGGCAAGGUGCACAAUGGUAUGGCAUGGGCCGGGAACUUCUGGAGUCGCACGUUGUAUUUGCGUCAGCCAUCCGGCGAGCUGAUGAGCACUUGAUCUCUAUCGGGGCUGAUUUCUCGUUGCUGGAAGAAUUAAUGCGAGAUGAAAAAGAUACUCGCGUUGGUCUAGCGCAUAUUAGUCAACCGAUAUGCAGCGCCGUCCAGAUCGGACUGGUUGAUCUCCUGGCAUCGUGGGGAAUCAAGCCCUCCGCAGUCACUGGCCAUUCUAGUGGAGAAAUCGGUGCCGCAUACGCAACCGGAGCCUUAACACUGAAAGCGGCAAUGUCUGCGGCGUACUAUCGUGGCCAAGCUAUUAUUGCCUUAAGCUCGAAUUUCCGGGAGGUUAAGGGCUCAAUGAUGGCGGUAGGUAUGGGUGCGGAAGAACUGCAGCCUUAUCUCAAGCAAUUGCAAUACCCCCUUCAAGCGGUAGCAGCCUGCGAAAACUCGCCGACAUCAACCACAAUAUCGGGUGACGCCGACGCUAUUGACGAACUCUCGAAAAUAAUGACAAGUAAUCAGAUUUUCAACCGCAAACUUUUCGUCGAUGUCGCCUACCAUAGCCCGCAUAUGAAACUAAUAGCCGAGAUAUACCAUAGUAUGAUCGCGGAUAUCGAAUUAAAGGAGACAGAUAGCGAUGUAGAGUUCUUCUCUUCUCUCCGCUCUCGCGAAGUUAGCAUAAACGAGCUCGGCCCCCAAUACUGGGUAGAAAACCUGACCAACCCAGUACGUUUCACAACAGCAUUGAAGGUACUUUGUGAGGAGAGCAAGCCGGAUAUUCUCGUCGAAGUUGGUCCACAUGCUGCACUCAAAGGACCUAUAAUGCAGACCUUAAAAACCUUGGAUUUUUCGUCUUCUAAGGCGCCAACGUAUAUGCCAACUCUCGUGCGGGGCCGCGAUGCUACUGAGACGACUUUGGAACUUGCAGGUCAGCUCUUCGUCCGCGGUUAUGAGAAUAUCGACUUUUUCAACAUCAAUCAUAACCGGUCCGAAGUUGAAAAACCCGAUAUAAUUCCUUUCCUCUACACAUACCCAUGGUCACGACAACGCUGCUGGUAUGAGAGUCGGAUCACACGACAGCACCGACUGAAGCCUUUUGCACGUCACGAUCUACUCGGAACACUGACCGAUUGGAGCGGCGACUUGGAGCCGAUAUGGCGCAAUUUCAUUCGGCUAGAGGAAUUGCCAUGGCUGCGCGAAUACCGAAUUCAAGAUCGACCUGUUUUUCCGGUAACCGCAUUUAUCUCUAUGGUAGUAGAGGCAGCUAGCCAACGAGCAGCGCUUAGGGGAUUCGAAGCAGGCAGCGUCGAUGUGCACGAUAUUGUUGUCCCGGAGCAAUUAUUUCUAUCGGACGAUGAGCCGGUUGAGCUCCUGCUCAUUUUUAGAUCGCAAGCCGCAUCAAAAACUAAUUGGGAUGAAUUUCGGGUAUCUAGUUUCGAGUCAAAAAGAGGAUGGCUAGAACAUUGUCGCGGUUUUGUUGAAGCACAUCCUUCGCGAAGCGGCAACGCAGCAGUCGCGCGCUCUAAAGCAUACUCCCACCCCAAACUGGAAAGGAAUCAAUUGUCGAUACCUGCUGCAGGCUUCUACUUCAAUCUCACUUCUGGAGGCAUUAAUUAUCCCCAUACGUUCUGGAACCUAGUGAAUGUGAGGAUGGAUGAAUAUGGAGUUAUUGCCCACGGCGCUCUUCAGGACACGAAGCUUAUCAUGCCAUUGGCGUACGAAUCAUCGUACUUGGCCCAUCCAGCCACGUUGGAACCUCUCAUUCAAAUAUCUCAAGCUGAUUUGGGGUUCGAUGGAGUAGCAGAACCCCAACUACCAUCUGCCAUAAAACAGGUGCAUAUCGACAUAAGUGACGAUUGGGAGAGAAGCUCUGGAUCUAAGUUCAUCGUCCAUUCGAUGAAAGACUCCAAGUCAGGGUCAUUUUUAACGGAGUUAUUUGCAUCGGUGGAGAGCGAAUCGCCUUCCAUCUCUAUACUGGGAUUGGAGUUAGCCCCAUUAAAGGCUGUGACACCCAAGCUUCCCGAGCCCAGAGAAUUGUGUUACAAAGUACAAUGGGAGCAAACCGAAGAGCGACAUGCCAACGGAGUGAGCCAUGAGCAUAUUAGGCUUCAUGGAGAGCGCGUGACGGUGGUAACAGAACGUAGCCGAGACAACACACUCGUAGCUUCACUGUGCGACGUUAUCAAACUACACUCCGGAAUCGUCCCAAGCAUAUCUAGCUUGCUCCAAGUCAGGGAUUUCAGUGGGUUCUUCGUCAUACUCUCGGAACUUGACCGUUCCAUUUUGUCCUCUAUCAGCAAACCCGAAUUUGAGCAAGUCCAGGCCCUACUAACACGAGCAGGGGGCAUAUUGUGGGUGACUUGCGGCGCAUCAAAGGUCCCUAUGAAUCCAAGUACCAAUAUGGCUUUGGGUCUACUCCGCACGGUACGCUCGGAGCUUGGAAAGAUUGCCGUUACUCUCGAUCUCGACCCGGAUAGCACCUUAGAUAUCGAAGGACAAGCUGAAUUAAUCGAGGAUGCUUUCCGGCGAACUGUGCUAGCGGAUAGACCCGAGGCUGAAGUUGAAUUUGCCGAGCAGCGAGGUGAUCUAGUCGUGCCUCGCUUAAUCGUUGAUGAUGAUAUGAAUCUACGUGUCCAUCGUGAGUUGGGUAAAUCUAUACCAUACCCGCAGGAUUUUCGACAAGCUGGACGCCGGUUACGGGUCACUACGCAGAUUGAGGGCUCUCUGGAUAAGCUUUAUUUCGAGGAUGUACCGUCUGGCGAGUAUUUGGGCAAUGACCAGGUUGAGAUUGAAAUCAAAGCAAGUAGGCUUAGCCAGGGCGACGUUUUUACGCAUAUUAGCGAUCAUAUAUCCACCAAACCAGAAAGGUCAUGUAGCGGCACCGUCGUUCGUAUUGGGUGCGAAGUGAUUGACAUUAAUGUUGGGGAUGUGGUCUGUGUCUUGGGCGAUGGUCGGCUAGGAACGCACAUUUGCGUGGCAGCAAACAGCGUCGUCAAGAUACCCGGGAAAGUGAGCUUUGAAGAUGCAGCGGUGGUCCCAUCUGCUUUCGGUGCGGCCUUUUACGCGCUCUCACAAGUCGCACGUAUUCGAAAGUCGGAACGUGUCCUUAUUCAGAUAAGCGACGCUGAGGGAAUUGCUGCAAUUCAGGUUGCACAAAAUCUUGGCGCCGAGGUACUCGUGGCAGUCCACGGUAGUGAGAGAAGAGACUUCGUUGCAAAAUCAUUUGGCAUCAAGCUCGAGAAGAUCUUUGACACGGCUAGCAUCUAUUUUGACCGCGAGGUACGAAAUGCCUCCAAUGGAGUUGGCGUAGACGUCGUCUUCACUAGCUCGUCUAGUUUAUUGACAGCCGCCAAAGGACUUCGUAAGGUCUGGGCAUGUGCUGCACCGUUUGCACGUAUUGUCCAUAUGCAGGGAGCACUCCAUCCUCGGCCCGAGGAAGGUUGGAGUGCUAGAUCUGACCUAGCUGAGAAUAUGAGUUUUACCUCUAUCAAUUUGCUGAGCCUAGCCAUAACCCGGCCACGGCUUAUAAGAGAUAUCAUCAAAGAAGUGCUUGAAUACUUUUCAAGAGGCAUAUUUAGGCCAUUGAAGAGAAUGAUGGUGUUGCGAAUGUCAGAUCUUGCCAAGGGCUUGCGGAAGAUCCAACAAGGCACCCUACACCCAAUGGUUGUCUCUGCUCAGAAUGGUGAUUUGGUAAUGGCAUUACACCACACUUCGAAAUGUUUCCUUAAUUCUGAUGGAACCCAUGUGAUUAUUGGCGGUACCGGUGGUUUAGGACGUAGUAUGGCUAGAUGGAUGGUCGAACGUGGGGCCCGACAUAUUGUGCUUUUGUCUAGGAGCGGAGGAAGAGCUGAUGAGUUGCGAAAGCUCAUUGAUGAAACUCAGAGCAGAGCCAAUCUUGUCGUCAAAACAUGUGAUAUUGCUAGCGAAGAAGACGCCUACCGGUUUGUGAGGGAGUGCGCUGAGACGCUCCCACCAAUAUGCGGCGUAAUCCAUGCCGCCAUGAUGCUCCAUGACGGGUUAAUAGAAGGGAUGACCCAUGACUCGUAUACCGCAGCGAUCCGUGCCAAAGUCAAGGGCACUUGGAACAUACACAACGCAUUGGAGUCCAUUCAUGCACGCCUGGACUAUUUCGUCCUAUUGUCGAGUGCUGCAGGCAUUGUCGGCAGUCGGGGCCAGGCAGCGUAUGCUGCUGCUAACACAUUUUUGGAUGGGUUUGCCUCGUGUAGGGUAGCACAGGGAAAGCCCGCAGUUUCCCUUGAUCUUACAGCGGUGACGGGUGCGGGCUAUAUUGCUGAAAAUGCAGCCCGUGAGGAGGAGAUCAUCAAAAACUUUGGUGGACAGUCUAUUUCCGAGGCCGAGGCACUAGGUCUCCUAGCAGUCGCUACGUCGGGCAAAUGUGGCGCACAGUGCCUGACGGGCUUAAAGCUCGUUCCAAGUAACACGGGUGGGUUACCCUAUUAUGCGGACGAUCCACGGUUCGCGCACCUCAAGGUGGCAACAAUGGCGGAGAUACGAGAUGCGGGUAGUGGCACAGUGCAAGCCAUCUCGUACAGGAAUGCGUUCCGUGCUGCAGCUAGUAAAGAGGAGGCCCGCCAAAUUGCCGUACAGGGCGUAUUGCAGAAGCUAUCCGAAGUACUGUCAGUAGCAUGCGAAGAUGUAGAUGCCCAGCGGAGUAUGGCAUCUUACGGUCUAGAUUCCCUAACCGCAAUUGAGGUGCGCAACUGGAUUACAAGGGAGCUUGGUGCGACUCUUGAGAUUCUAGAGUUGCUAACAAGUGCAAAUGUGACGGAUUUGGCGGCAUUGAUAGUUUCGCGGACUAAGGAGUAG